AUGCACGUAGGACUGGUAAUGGAAUGUGACUACCGAACGGGAGUAACCCAGGAGGAGGCCUUUGAAGAGGCCUUUGCUAUGGCUGACACCGCUGACGAAUUUGGCCUGGACGGCGUUUGGUUGGCGGAACGCCACUUUGCCGCGCCAAGGAGGCCGGGCGACCCGAUGGGCGCGGGAAUUCCGUCGGUGGUCUCCGUACCCCUGGUAAUGGCCAGUGCCAUCGCCGGUCGUACCAAGCAGGUCAGAAUUGGGACCGGAGUCAGCGUGCUGCCUUUAUGCCAUCCCGUACGGCUUGCUGAGGAAGCUGCCACGGUAGACCAGGUAAGUCAGGGUAGACUGGAAUUUGGCGUGGGACGGAGCGGCUUCCCCCGUUCCUACGACGGCUACGGCAUCCCAUACGCCGAAAGCCGUGCCCGAUUUCAAGAGUCACUGGAUGUGAUUUUGAAGGCCUGGGCUGAGGGCAGCUUUUCCCACGAAGGUGAGUUCUUCAGUUUUAACGAACUUUGCGUCCUACCCAAGCCUUAUCAAAAGCCCCACCCUCCGAUCCGAAUUGCGGCUACAACAAGGGAUACAUUCCCCCAGGUAGGACGCAGCGGCCACAACGUCAUUUCCGGCCUACGCGGGUUUGACGUCAACGAAGUUGCCGAGCAUAUGGAGAUGUACCACCAGUCUCGGGAAGAGGCAGGGAUCGAAGGAAAGGGAGAAGUCUUUUUGCGGGUCCCAAUCUAUGUGGCUGAAACCGACGACCGCGGACGUUCGGAACCUGAGGAAAGCACCAUGCGUUCCUAUCGCCGUUUGGGUGGCCUCUUUGGGACCACCGCCGGCGCGGCCGGCACAACGCUGUCCGAAGAACGCCAGGAACGAGCGGAUCGCCUGGCAAACGUCACUUACGAUGACCUGCUUAAAGAUCGGCUGGCUUACGGCAGCCCCGAUACGGUCGUGGAAAAACUUACUGAACUCAACGAUAAGUUGGGGCUGGACGGUAUCAUAAUGGAACCCAACGUGGGCGGCGGACUGACUGUGGAACAGGUGCUCAAUUCGGUCAGACUGUAUGCCCAGGAAGUCGCGCCUAGGUUACGUUAG